AUGUCUCAAGACGGUGUAUGGGGGGACUGGAUUACCCUGUGGGGCCUUGUAAACAUGCUCAACAUCGACAUAGCCAUAGUGUCAAGUGUAGAAGAGGGUGGUCUGCGAGUAAUAAGCCCAGGUGAUACAUCUAACAGGGACCACAACCUCAACCGGACGGCACUUCUAGGCCACGAGGCCGAGGAACAUUACCACAGUCUAGGACAACGUUACCACUCUAUUGGCUGAAAAAGGGGAGGAGCUUGUCGACUAUAUGAAGAACAAGUACGGUGAAGGAAACGUCUCGGAGGAAAUUUGUCCAAAGUGCUGCAACAAAUUUAAGUGCCUUUCUGCGGGAAUUUAUGAGGAUGAGACUGGAAUGAUACAAUAUUAUGCCGAUGACUGUCAUGCUUGUUACGUGUGCUCUAACAGG